CUCCAAUACUCUAGAGGGCAGUAUCCACGUUGCUGUCCGAGCGUGCCACACACACGCGUGAUGCAGUCACCCAGAGCAUCUUGGGAUAUGAGGCAUGUUUCUAGUGAACGACAUUGACAGUAAAGGUGGGUGUCUGGGAAGCUGAUGGGAGACACUAUGUCCAGUCCUACAGUGAAGGCAGAGGGCAUCAUAGUGCCAGACUUUGGCAGCACACCACCACAGGGCUGUCCCAUGCAUCGAGAUGUUAAUAAAAGUGCCCCUCCACCAGAAUGUCCAAUGCAUCAGGCAUCUGCACCUGCAAGUGAUAAGAUAAAGAAUGUGCCAGAUGUACCGGCACAUCAGGACAGGGCUUAUGAAUUUGUAGAGUGUCCUAUGAGAGCUGCCAAUGGGGCUAAACCCACACUGUCUGACAUCGAUCCAGCAAACAUGAUGCCACCACCUAACCAGCAACCUUCACCUGGUCAACCAUUUCCCCUUUCUGUUGUAAGAGAGGAGUCUACCAUCCCUCGUGGUGGAUCUGAGCAGAAGUGGGUUUAUCCCUCAGAGCAGAUGUUCUGGAAUGCCAUGCUGAGGAAGGGAUGGCGCUGGAACAAUGGUGACAUCCACCAGAAAGAUAUGACAAACAUCAUUAGGAUUCAUAACCAGAAUAAUGAGCAAGCCUGGCAGGAAAUCCUGAGAUGGGAGAAGCUCCAUUCAAAAGAAUGCCCAUGUGGACCUUCUCUUUUAAGGUUUGGUGGAAAAGCAAAAGACUUUUCACCCAGAGCCAGAUUUCGCCACUGGAUGGGGCAUGAGCUACCAUUUGACAGGCACGACUGGAUUAUUGACCGGUGUGGAAAAGAGGUCAGAUAUGUGAUAGACUACUAUGACGAAGGCCUGGUGGCCAAGCACACUGUCCUUGACGUGCGUCCAGCCUUUGACUCCUUAGAAGCUGUUUGGGACCGUAUGAAAGUGGCCUGGUGGCGCUGGACCUCCACAUAAUUUUUUGUUGUUGUGAUCUUUAGGAACUGAUAUUUAUAUAGCUUAGUCUGUGGAAGCUUUUUGACAUGAUAUUCUUUGUUUUAAUGAAUCUAGGAUUACCUUAUA